GCGAUACCAAGUGGCUGUGCUCUACCCGUUCUCGUCACCGACACGCUCUCCAGGUCUCCUCCUGUCUGCAAUGGUGUGCAAGAAGUGCGAGAAGAAACUGUCCAAGGUAGCUGCCCCAGAUCCAUUCACUGCUACCUCUUCCAGCGUAAAGGACGGUUCUCGCAAAGUUGGGGAGAACAAGCUGCUUGCAAAGCCAGGCGGCAGCACGAAGAAUCGCUUCCAGCCUUACAAGUCGAAAUGUAAAGACUGUAAGCAGCCCACGACGCAGAAUCAUGCCAAAUAUUGUCAUGGAUGUGCAUAUCGAAAAGGUCUAUGCUCAAUAUGCGGGAAGCAGAUUAUGGAUACGACAGGGUACGUAAUGUCCAACAAGUGAUUGGAGAAAUCGGGCGAGUAGCCUUUGCAUUCGUUCCUGUAUUUGGUGCCGUUGAAAUGUAGACUAGUCUGUAGCAAUAUAAUACCAGCUUGCAGCGAGAGCUG